AUGGUCUAUAGAGGAUUUGGCUUGGAGCAAAUAGCUCCUCCCAACGACAAACCAUUUAAUGAGCUAACACCGGAUGAGCAGGGUGAAAGAGGUGCGCAGAUGAUGAUGAACUUCAUGACUUCGUGUCCUGGAAAAUUCGCUAUCAGUGGUGUGACUGGUUUUGCGUUAGGUGGUGUUUUUGGUUUAUUCAUGGCGUCGAUGGCGUAUGAUACACCGUUUCACACACCAUCAAUCCCGGGCACAGGUCCUGGCGGUGCUCCCAAUAUGGUCAAACAAAUGGCAGAUCUACCGCUUAAACAGCAGAUAAAAAUACAAUUCUCAGAUAUGGGAAAGAGAUCUUACUCAAGCGCGAAAAAUUUUGGCUAUAUUGGUAUGAUCUAUUCUGGUGUAGAAUGUGUUGUUGAGUCACUACGAGGAAAAAAUGAUCUUGCCAAUGGAUUGACUGCAGGCUGUAUAACAGGUGGCGGUUUGGCCUACAAGAGUGGCCCUCAGGCGGCGUUAGUAGGCUGUGCCGGGUUUGCUGCCUUUUCAGCCGCUAUUGAUCUAUAUAUGAGAAGUGAAGACGGUAAGCCGCCUGCUAAUGAUUUUGAUGAAUGA